CUGCCGGUCGAUGUGAACACUGUCACUGAACAGUGUGAAGCAGCCUGUGUAAAGAAACCGAAGCAGCGUUGGCUUUGAACAGAGGAAAUUACAUAAUGACCUGCUGAAGUCCCUGCCCACUUUCCAGUUCUCUUCGCGCAGCGUCUUUUUUGCCGGGUGUGGUCUCAUAUUCCUCCACCCAACGCUGGAAUCUCUUCUCAGCCUGUCCUGGCCAACUUAAAACAUCCUCCAGAUUAAUAUCUCUCUCAUGCGGUCUCUAAUCAUCUCCAUAUGAUGACACGGAUGCUCUACUACUACCACUAACCGCGCCAGGGGAAAAGAGGAUUUAGAGGAAACAGUCAAGACUCCAUGAUAAGGAUGGGAAUCCUUCAAGUAUUGAAAACCCAGCUGCUGUGUCAUCUCAUUAUCUGUUAUGUGUUCCUAGUCAGUGGGUUUAUUAUCAAUCUGCUCCAGCUUUGUACUCUACCACUGUGGCCCAUUAACAAGCAGCUCGCACGCAAGAUCAACUGCAGAUUGGGUUAUUCCGUUUCUAGCCAAUUGGUGGCUUUGUUGGAGUGGUGGUCCGGGACCGAAUGCACACUUUACACGGAUCCAGAAAGCUAUCCUUUCUAUGGCAAAGAAAACGCCAUUGUUGUCCUCAAUCAUAACUUUGAGAUCGAUUUUAUGACCGGCUGGACCUUCUGUGAGAGAUUUGGGGUUUUAGGGAGCUCAAAGGUUUUGGCAAAAAAGGAACUUUCCUUUGUUCCUGUGAUUGGCUGGAUGUGGUACUUCCAGGAAAUUGUCUUCUGCAAAAGAAAAUGGGAAGAGGAUCGCAAGACAGUAGUGCAAAGCCUGCGCAACCUUCAUGAUUACCCAGAAAACUUUUGGUUCCUGUUGCACUGUGAAGGCACACGUUUCACAGAAAAGAAGCACAAGAUUAGUAUGGAGGUGGCAGAGAAGAAAGGUCUCCCCAAACUCAAGUACCACCUUCUACCUCGGACCAAGGGCUUUUGUGUCACGGCCCAGAACCUCAGGGGAACGGUUACUGCUGUGUACGAUUCUACACUUAAUUUCAGAAACAACGAAAUGCCAACUUUACUAGGAGUGCUCAACGGGAAAAAAUACCAUGCUGAUUUAUAUGUGAGGCGGAUUCCUCUGGACACAAUCCCAGAUAAUGAGACUGAAUGCGCGGCCUGGCUUCACAAACUCUAUCAGGAAAAAGAUAAAUUCCAAGAGCAUUACAGACAGACAGGACGUUUUCCGGGUCCCAUUACAAGUCCUCCGCGCCGACCUUGGGCCCUGCUGAACUGGCUCUUCUGGGUCUGUUUGCUGGUCUACCCUCUCUGCAUGUUACUGCUCCAAAUGCUGCUAUCAGGAUCCACCUUCACUGUCAUCUGUACAUGUGUCUUCUGUCUAGCAGUGUCCGUUGGUAUCCGCUGGAUGAUUGGACAGACCGAGAUCGACAAGGGUUCGAACUACGGGAAUAAAGAGAUGCAAAUAAACAAUAACUGAGACAUCCACCAGUGCAAAACGAUCAUGCUACUUUACAGUCACGAGGGCAUUUUCACAACGGGAACUGCCAUUAGCCAAGUCCAACCGCCGUCAUAAGUGAAAUUUGAGGAAGUCGCCAAAUGCUGUUUUCAGCAAGAGUUGUUUGAAUAAUUUAAAAUGCUUCUCCGUUUUGAUUUACAUCGUUUUUAGGCUUUUAUUUUUUAAAGAGACAAGUAGGCCAUUUAAAAAAAAACUGUCCAUUUAUUCAGAUUCUUUUUUUAAAUAUUGCAAACACUGUUGGAGGAGCAGAGAACCAGCAGUUGAUGCCCGUGUAAGAGCAUGUUCGUCCACCCAUCCGAGUGCAGCAGCAGCAGAAAGGCAGAGUCAGACUGGCCUCUUCCCUCUCAUUGGUUGAUUAUGCUCUUAUACACCCAGAUGGUAAAGGCACGCCAUUGGCCAGCACAAUGUUGAGCCAACGCGGCACAACUACCUAUAAGGCUUAAAUAUGACUUGUUAACAGUGGGCUCUGCAGCAAGGCAAACAAAAUACCAUUUUAACAAAAAUAAAAUUAAAACCUUCUCUGAGACUUUCAGCCCCAGGUUUGUAUGCUUUCUUCAGUGAACCCUCAUUGAAAUUGUACAUACAGUCAGUCAAUGUCAAACUCCCUCCAUCUCCCAUUCUCUGAAGCUUUGUGCAGAGAACAUCCCUUGAAUUAAUGUAUUGUCUCCUAACGUAUUCCCUGUGACUCGAUCACCAACAGAGUGGCUAUUAAACUUCAGCUUUACAAUAUACUUUAUACACAGAAAAACCCUAACCCUAUUCUUACAGUAUGUACAUAACACACUUGUCCGAACAUUUCCAUCCCAUUUGCUCAUGUUACUGUACAUAUAAGACUUUCCCCGCUUUUAACGUCGCAAGGGGCUCGUGUCAAGCCGAGCGUGUCUCUUUUUCCUUCGUCAUCCCUCAUGCCGUGUGAAGUAGUGCUAGCAUUUAUGUAAACAUUAAGAGAAUACACGUCUUUCCACGUCACUCUUCAUCUGUGCAGACCUGCAAUUGAAAAGACAUGAGAUUGACGUGUUAGUGCCAUUUCCAUCAGCCAAUCAGGUGACAGCAUGUGAUAUUUGUUACCUAUACCGAAAUUAAAGUUUUCAUUUAUCCCAAAAAACUAAAUUUAAGUUUAUUUAAUAAUUUGAGAUUAUUACGGUGCAUCACUAACAAUAAUCAACUCGCAUGUAAAAUUAUAAUUAAAGAAAGUUUUUAUAUCAGCUUUUUAAUCUUUAGUUAUAUAACAGUUUCUACUUCAAAGUAUCCGAGCACAAAGCUUACUGAGAUUAUUGGAUGGUAGGCGCAUUACAAAUAAUAUUUUUAAGUUUCAACUGAGAGAUUAUUAAAAUUAAUUUCUGUUAAAAAUGUAAAAUCAAUAUUGUAAACCCAGCCGUACUGUCCAAAAAGUUUAUUAAUGAUUUAGGCCUUCCGAUAUUCAAAUAUUUCUAUUUGGCAAAUUUUAGAGCAUCACUAAAAGAAGUCAUUGCUGUAGAGCUCAAAGUGAGAAUUGAUUUGUGUAAGGAUGUGUUUUCAUGUGUGUAACAUGUUGGUGGAUGUACUACAAUUGCUGGUUGGAUCCAAUUUGGGUAACAGAUUGGAAAUUUGUCCUCAUCUCCAUCGUAUGUGUGACCCCUAUGAAUUAGCUGAAGGAAAUAACUAGCUGUAUGGGUGAGAGGGAGUUCAUACUUUGACAAAUGGGUGGUCCAACAGAGCGCUGGCGGUCCAGCGCCGCUUCGGUUCACUCUCCAGGCAGUGAUCCAGGAAGUCCUUCCCCUCUGUGCUCAGCUUUUCAGGAAUGGGUGGCUUGUGGCCCAUUCCCACUUUAUACAUGAUCUGGAAGUUAUGCUCAUAUUCGUGCCAAGGUCUCUGAAUUAAGCAAACAGUAUGGAACACAAGUUACUUGCAGUGGCAUGAGGUUUGUUGAUAUUUUUAAAAAUAAAAAUGGUACUACAAGACAAAUAAACUUUAAAACUGGUGAAUAUCCAAA